GACGUCACCAUGCAAAACAUGGAAGUCGAUUUGUUUGUGUUUUGGUGUUGAAGGAAUAUGGUAUAUUUUCUGUGCAGGGAGGGUGUAUGUAAGCUGGCAAGAUGAGUGACAGCGAGGACAGGAAGUGGUCGUGUGAGUACUGUACAUACGAGAACUACCCUGCUACAAAACGAUGCACGUUGUGUCGGGGGCCGCGGCCGGUGCAGCUCAUCACCAACUCCCCCAGCCAGGAGCAGGACAUCUACAAGAUGGCGCCCCUAGUGACACCACUGAGCAGCGAAUCAAAUCAUGCCACAACCAGCAGCAGUAGCGAACUCAACAAGUGGGCAUGUCACAUGUGUACUUAUCUCAACUGGCAGCGGGCGACAAAAUGUACUCAGUGCCUCACCCCACGGAAAAAACUCUCCCCUAGUCGAUCUCAACCCACCUCUCACCACCAGCAGCAGCAGCAGCAUGAGAAGAUGCAGCCCCUUAGUGUCAAUGUCAAUAUAGCUGAGAGCUCCGCCCCGCCCAUCUCAGGUCGAACCACCCCCAAACGCAACUCCCCCAAUUCUCCGGAGGCAGCUAAAGCAAUAAACAAUGAUAUCAACAAGGCAGUAGCAGCACAUGGCCAUCGCAGUGGGACCAAGUGGAUAUGUCGAGCCUGCACCUAUGAGAACUGGCCUAAAGGCAUCAAGUGUAUUUUAUGUGGCACUGCGAAGGGUAGGACCUUUUCUGACACGAACCUUGCCUCGGGGGGAAGCUAUGGGCUUAUUUGUGAGCAGGAGGGAGGGAACCGGCGCGGGCGGGCCUCACCAGGAAUGUCGCAGAGUCUUGACAAUAUCGAGAAUUACCAAGAUGGAGCAUCAGCUUCAGCAUCUAGUUUCGAAGACAAGAACCGUGUAGAAGAGCGGAGGUUACGUCUGUUAAGGAAAAGGUUACGUGAUAAAGAUUGGCUGUGGUUGAGCGCUUGUAGCGGUGUUGUGGACGGGGACUCUAAUGCUGUCGAAGCGUUCAUUGCAUCGGGUGGUGACCCAGCUCGGCAGCUCACACAAGAUGAAGUUACUCUCUUAAAUCGACCCAGUGCGUUUGAGGUGGGAUACACCCUAGUUCACCUGGGCAUAAGAUUCAAAAGGGAAGAUAUGUUGGCGGUUUUGCUGACCGCGACAGACGUGGCUGCCAAGGCGGUCAAGCGUUUACCUGCCCACACCAGUCCGGACCUGGCCACUGACAUCCGGAGAGAAAUCGCAUCAUCAUUACGACAAAGGAAGGGGGACUUCCCUUGCUUUUUCUUCACAGACUGUGUCACCUUCGCUCUUCCAACAGAUAUCGAGGAUCUGCCUCGCCACAUCCAGGGUCAGCUGUUUGAUGAGUUGCUGGACAGAGACGUACAGAGUGAACUGGAGGAGGAGAGCAUUGUCAACUGGAACGUGGAGCUGACGGACCGGCUAGGGAGUCGGCUGUACUCUCUGUGGAACCGGACGGCGGGGGACUGUCUCCUUGACUCUCUACUGCAGGCUACGUGGGGGGUGUUCGACAUAGACAACACGCUCCGCCGCGCACUCGCAGACAGCCUAAGUGAAGGGGCCAUGACGUUCUACCCUCGCUGGAAGGAAUAUGAAUCAAUGCAGGCGCGAUCUCUUCACUUCAGCCUGGAUGAGAGUCAGUGUCAGAGGGACUGGGCCCUGCUCCUCAGCCUCGCAAGUCAACCAGGGGCAUCACUUGAGCAGACCCAUAUAUUCGCACUGGCUCACAUCUUGCGACGACCAAUUAUUGUGUACGGAGUCAAGUAUGUGAAGAGUUUCCGAGGGGAGACAAUUGGCUUUGCCAAGUUCCAGGGAGUGUACCUUCCGUUGCUAUGGGAACGUAGUUUCUGUUGGAAGAUUCCUAUGGUUCUGGGCUACACAAGGGGUCAUUUCUCUGCUCUCGUCCCCAUGGAGAUGGAUACAGAUGACAGCAUCGGUGCAGGGGCUAACAUCGAGAGUAACGAUGACGGCCAGGUGGCUUACCUCCCCUUGGUAGACAAUGAGGGCAAGUUGCUUCCUGUCCAUUUCCUCACAGGCUCCGAGGUCGGGCGUGAGGACACCAUCCUGCGGGAGUGGCUGGACUGUGUGGUGACGAAGGGCGGCAUCUUGGUGGCGGCCCAGAAGCUGGGGAAGCGGCCGGCGCUGGUGAAGCAGAUGGUGGAGGAGUGGUUGGAUCACUACCGCCAGCUGUCCCAUGGCAUCCCUCCCACCCACCAGACCAGCCUGUCCUCACAGACCUUCUCCAGCGAUGGAGAGAGCGACCAGGAGUGACACCCCACCCUAUGGGACUAACAUCACUCUUCUCAUUGGGUAGAAAUCACACAUGCGCCCAAAUGAUUGUUCAGGAACCAAACAUGCUCUCUAUUGAUUGGCCAGAAGCCGAACAUGCUGUGAUUGGUUAGAAAGCAAACAUGCUCUCUAUUGAUUGGUCAGAAGCCAAGCAUGUUUUGAUUGGUCAGAAACCAAACAUGCCCUUAAUGAUACCAGACGCAACCGAUGCUUGUUUCUGAUUGGACAAGAUGUUGAAUAAUGCAGCUGUUGAGGAGACAAGAGAAAUCCAACUGUGACAUGCAUUGAGCGGUCACAUCGUGACAGUCUGUUCUCACAAGAUUUCAUGAAAAGGUCCAGGCAUGUCUUCAUGAGUGUUCUUGUUAUUGACAAGUUCAGAUUUCACCUUUACUGUUUGUCUUAAUAGACUGAGAUCAAAUGUCAAUAUCCUAUUCUACUUGGUUUGAAAGUUCCGUAGUAUAUUGCAAGUAUAAAAAAAAAGUUUGGGGGUCCUGAAUUUGGAGGCUGUCUCCCUGAUACACCAUAUGCGAGGCGUCAUGUGUUGGCAAGGAAUGGUGGCACAUGAACCUCAAUCUCAGGAGAGCAGAAUCCUGACACUAAUUCAAAUAUUGAAAUGAAAAGAAUGUCUCUUGGAGCUAGAUGGGAUCGGGGAAAGUCGUUCGUUCUUAUGUCUUGUUAAGGCUCUUAGUUGAAAGUAAAUUGUUGUUGCAUUGGCGGCUGUUACUGAUUAGCCCCAGUAUUUUCCCGUCUUUAUUCCUGGGCGGGCUGUGUAUGUUGCAAAAUGACUGUGUUCACAUGAUAUGAUUACGUCAGGUUAAAACUGGUAUAUAUGAGAAUUAAUUAAUGACUUUGUUAUCGCAAAUAUUAGGUUUGCUUAAGCAUGUUAUGGUGAAUACUUUAUCAAGGCUAAAUGAAUUUGUUUGAUUACCUGAGUAUUAUUGAACCCAGUACCUGAGGAGCCUGUUUGAUUUGUCCUGAUCCAACUAGGCUCGUUUUACCUUAAUGUCUCUGUGAUAUUUACCACGUGUUUACAUAUAUCUAUAUUUUCAAUCAAAAUACCUUGUUGAUGUCGCUCGGAUUAAGAGAUAAUUAUUUUAGACUUGCACUGGAAGUAACAUUUGCACGAUCCGUGUUUUGAUGUUGACUUACAUAUGUUGAAAUUCUUAUGUUAGAUAUCCCUAAAGCUGGCCUUAGGUGAAUUACCUCAGCCCUGAACCUGGGUAUGUAUCAGGAUACAGUGUGAUCUGGAGGAGGUGAGCUACAACCAUCACUAAAUACCUCAUGACUUGCAGUGGGGUACAGAUACCUGCCAGAUUGGUGGUAACUUUAUUGUAAGUUCAAAUUCAUUCUCCCAAAUUGUAUGUGAUGGAAAUGAGUGGCCGUCAUUAGACUCCCUGUGUUUCGGGGAACAUUACCUACUGAUAUGAAGAAGGGAACGUCGGGUGGGAUUUGUUUGUCAUCCAGAUCAUUAAGUGAUUAUGUGCACACUCGCAUACAAAUAUUCUCACAUUGACACGCAUACACAGAAACUCUCGCUCGUUCACACGCUCACACACACGCUCACACACACACACACACACACACACACACACACACACACACACACACACACACACACACACACACACACACACACACA